UGGACUUCAGGGGAUCGGGCACUGUCCAUCCCAUGUACACAGAGAGCCGCUGGGGUGGGAGGGCCUGCAUUAUUGGCAUUCUUUCCGUCUAUCUCCAGCUGGGAGAACUGAUUGCUUUGAACUGUAUCAGUGAUUUACUGUCUGACAGCAGGUUGGAGAUCAUGUGGUCUGUGAAAUGUCUUGGAGUCAGCUAGUUCUGGGCCUAAAAGCAGAAGUUGUCUUUGGAUACUCAGUUUGAGGAAAAAGAAAUGCAGGGGUCAGAGCUGCUCUCAGCCUGAGCAUGUAUCCCUACUUUAUAUUAUUGUGUAGACGGCAACAGGUAGUGGAGACGAGGGGGGAUCCCACUUAACUCAGCUGAGACAGUUUGAAAAAUCACAACUGAAUUCCCAUUAUUAAUACAUUUUAGUUUAUUAUUAUAAUUUUGUUGUUAUUAAUACUUAACCGAGGGUAUUUUUUCCAUUGAUUUUUAGAAAGAGUGGAAGGGAGGGAUGAAAGGAGGGAGAGAAACAUCAAUGUGUGAGAGACACAUUAAUUGGUUGCCUCCCCACACUCUAACCACUGAGCAAUGCCAACUAGGGCAUUAAUAAUACAUGUUUUAAAAAUACAUUUUUAUAAAAAAGAACUCUCUUAAAUAUUCAUGCUGUAGAAGAGAAGCAGAAGUAGAAUAGUACUUCUAAAAAUCAGAUUAAACUUUGAAAUGUGCCUGUGCACAUGUUUUCUGAAAAUGGUGUAAUUGAUAUUCAAAGAAUUUACCUCAAAAAAUUUGCACGUUCACCUUGCCUGUGCCGCUGGGGAGCCAAACAACUGGGGGUUGCUACCGCAGAAGCCCGCAGAGGCGUCAGUUUCAAACUGGAAGAGAAAACUGCCCACAGCAGCCUGGCACUCUUCAAAGAUGACACAGGUGUCAAAUAUGGCAUGAUGGCAUUGGAGCCCACCAAAUUGGUCCUGAAUGUGGAGCAUUUCCGGGAGUGGGCAGUGGUGUUGGCAGACACAGUGGUCACCAGUGGCAGGCACUAUUGGGAGGUAACGGUGAAGCGCUCCCAGCAAUUCCGGAUAGGAGUGGCAGAUGUGGACAUUUCUCGGAAUAACUGCAUCGGUGUUGAUAACCGUUCUUGGGUGUUAACCUAUGCCCAGCGCAAGUGGCAAACCAUGUUGGCCAACAAAGCCCCUAUUAAGGGCAUCGGGCAUCCAGAGACGGUGGGGCUGCUGCUGGAGUAUGAGGCCCAGAAGCUGAGCUUGGUGGAUGUGAGCCGGGUUGCUGUGGUCCACAUGCUACAGACAGAUUUCCAGGGUCCAGUGGUACCUGCCUUUGCCCUUUGGGAUGGAGAAUUGUUGACCCAUUCAGGGCUUGAGGUACCUACGGGCCUCUAGUAUGUCCAUCACUGGAAUUCCCAAUAACACUCUUGGCCAGCCUCCUGAAAGUGCCUGGAACCUUUUAACUUUGCCCCAAGCAACCUCUAGCUCCCACAGUUCAGGUCCUCUGUGCAGUAUCUUAGUCAUUUUCCUCUCCCCUACCUGUGAAAGCUAGGCUACUGCCAAUUUUCGUAGGCAAGCAUGAAUGUAUUUUCCUUGACUUGCUUCCUUGGGUCCCUGUAUUCAGUCCUGGGGUCUUACCUUUCAGCUUUGCUUGGCUUUAUCAUCACUAUGAUACCUUUCUCUCCUUUUGCCCAUGUUUAACUUCUGUUUGUUCUUGGUGCUCUAGUGAGUCUCUCCACAGUAAAUCUUUUCUACCUCUGGCUGGAGGAGUGGUUCAGUGACUUGGCCCUUUCUCUAAAGCUCAUACAGAGUCUGGGCUCUGGCUCCCUCGGGAAAUGCUUUACUGACUUUCAGAGUGAGAACAGAGCCCUCCUUCCUCAGUACCUCAAAGCUGGACUCUCAGCCCCACACAACUGCAGCUGUCCCCACCAUGAGCCCAUCUGCCUUAAUCUGCAUACCUCUGACACCUGGUCAAUCCCUAGUAAUCAUCGGGCCAGUUAUAGCCACUUCCAAAGAGAAAGAGACACCUGGGGGAUAUCAAGGGCAUUCAUGCUGGAAACUUUAUUCUUGAGAAGUUCUAGCUUCAUUUCUGCUACAGUUGGAACUUCCAGAGGGAGGAGAGAGACUGAGGUCUUGCACAAUACAUUUUUGGGCCUGCUCAGAUCCAAGCCCUCACCCUCCCACCCCAGUAGAAUACACUUAACCUAAAGCAGUAUUAGGAGUUGAGGAAAACCUGGUGGGAUGAGCAUGUAUGUGAAAUAUGUAUUUCUCUGUUUAACCCUGUGGCUCCAUCUUAUUCUAUCUUUAUGAUGGUGAUGCAACUGAAUGCCUCUCAGGGAGAAAGAGGACUGGGUUUAGUAAAAAUAAUUAUUUGUGUAAUUAAAGUUUAUUUGAGCACACACACAAAAAAAGUAAUGGAUUUCUACAACUCAGCCUCCUUGAGCACCUAUAAUAAGUGAUAUACAUAUAUACAAAAAUCAGAUUUUACGUAUGCAUGAGAAACUCCCACAUGAUAAUGAAAGACCCGGAGAAGUAGCUAGGCCUAAGUGUUUAUCUGCUGGGUUAAACAAAGAAGGGUGACCUGCCUUUAUGAAGUUUGCAUUCUUAUCACCAGAGAAAGUGAGUCUAAGUUGAGAGAAAUCUGUAAAACGGACCUUGUUAAAAUAAUUCUUACCGUCCUUUAGUCUCCCUAUAUAUGUUAGCUAUUUUUCUACAGUUGCUAUUCUUUGUUUCUUUCCUGCUGGUAGAGGGAGGACAUCUUUCACACAGGAAUUUUACUCCUGCUUUCAAUUUUGAGUUGUUAUGAGGCUCAAAACCUCUCUUACAAUGAAUAAUCACCAACCUCACAGUAAUAUCUUUAAUAUCUCAGGAUAAUUUUUAAAUUUUCACAAUUUUCACUACUGAUUCUCUAGUUGUGAUAAGAGAUAACACAGUAUAGGCAGAGUUGGUAUGUAUUAGAAUUCUAAACAUAUGCCUUAGCCCCUGGUGUGCAUACCUGGAGUGGUCUUCUUUGGAAACGUUAUAAUCUGGGAAUGUAAAUUAUUUAACUUAUUGAUUAUGUAAUUACAAUUUAACACAGAGUAUAGAUCCAUAAAAUGUAGUUAGAGAAUAAAACACAAACUAGAAUAGUACUUUAAACAACAAUUCAGGUUCAUUCAGAGCAUGGAGCAGGUGCCACAAUCUAGCCUAACAUUCAUUCCUAGACAUACAAGUGGGAGUCUCAAGAGACAGAGCCUGAGGCUUUUGUCUUUCACCCUGAGAUGCUAUCCAGAUGAAAGCCCACUGUAGGUUGUAUAGAUUGCCAAUUUGGUAGAAUAUAAUAAAGCAGAUCCAGGAUUUCACACAUAUGUACCUACACAUAGCCUACGCCUAAAUGCAGAAGAAAAGAGAUUUACUAGACAGCCAUAUCUAAAAUACUUAUUCUAGAAAGCUAUUGGCUUAGCAUCAUCUGUAGGCUUUGGGCCAAGAUGUACCGGGACUGUUAUUGUUUGCCAGUCAGCAAUUCCUCGUGUAAUGGAGUCAAUUGACUCUUUUGUGAAAGAACACAGCCUAACAUGUAAUAAAUAUUCUAUAAAUGUUUAUUAAUCCUGAAUUUGUUCCACGAUAGCACAAGUCCAGUGAAUAAGUGGCUCCUUAUCAAUAAAACCUAUUAUGUCUUCCCAACCAGAUUUUUAAUUUUUUGAGAAAGUGUGAAUAGCAAAAAGAGCAUAGAUUUUGAUAUUCUCAUAAUGAGACCUUGAUUAAAAUUUUAUUUCCACCACUUACUGGCUAUGUGACAUUUGAUGAGUUAUUUAUUCUCUUAGAGCCUACCUCCUCAGGACAAUGUUUAAGUGAGAUGGUAUUUCUUACUGGCUGGAUUAUGUUCCCCCAGAAUUCUUAUGUUGAAACCCUUAACUCCCGGUACCUCAGAAUGUGACUAUACUUGGAGACAGACCUUUAAAGAAAUGGUUAAGUUAAAAUGAGGCCUUUAGAGUAGGCCCUAAUCCAAUCCUAGUGGUGUCCUUAUAAGAAGAGGAAAUUUGGACUCACACAGGGAGACACCAGGGGUGAGCAUGCACAGAGGGAGAACUAUGUGAGGAGACAGCAAGAGGGCAGCCAACUGCAAGCCAAGAAGAGAGGCCUCAGAGGAAACCAACCCUGCUGGCACCUUAAACUUCUAGCUGCCAGAACUGUGAAAAAACAAAUUGCUAUUAAGUCACCCAUUUGGUGGUAGGCAGCCCUAGCAAACUAAUAUGCCACCGGGCACAUACUAUGCCUUUAAUAAGUAUUCAUUCACCUAUUCUUGUAUACCCUCUGCCAUUUAGUAUGGUAGUUGGCAUAUAGUGGGCACUUAAACAGGUCUUUUCAGAUAAAUGACCAAAAAGCCUUACUUUCACUUUGAAAAUAGUUUUCUCAUAAGACAUCUGGAAAAUGGAGCAAUUUUUGUUUUUAUGAAACACUUUUAAUUUUACUUUUCAAAGUUUAGGUAAUUUCCCCCCUCAUUAAAUGUGAAUUAUGUUAUCAUCGCAGCCUAAAGGAAAUUAGAAAUGAUUACUAUUAGCUUUCAUAUGGGUUUUAUAAUUUCACCAUUCUUUCUAUUUCUUACUGGUCUUAUUUCUUUACUUACCUACUUUAAAAUUUUAAAUCAAGGAGAUUUAUAGUUUCAUUUAGUUAUUUUUUUUUCUCACCACAGUAGCUUUGAGAGUGAAAAGAAUACCAUUUAUCUGUCAAAUUUAAUUUCCAGAUGAUUCAGGAAAGAGGGAAAUGUCCAUGAACAUAUUUAUUGAAUGCCUACUACGAGCCAGGCAAUUUACAUAUAUUAUAUUCCUUCUUUGUUUUAAUUCCAGCUGUUGGUUUUAUACCCAUGUCACAGCUGUAGAAACUGAAACUCAGAAAGAUAAAGUCACAGAGCUAUUAAAUGGUUGAGUCCAGAUUCCAACUUCAGUCUUUCAGAAUGAAUUAUUUUCUAUUCUUUAUCUAAUUACUAGUGACCCAGUGCACGGAUUUGUGCACAUUGAAAGGAAAUUAAUUAGAAGGUAGCCAGCAAGGUGGGAUUGGGCAAGACAGGCCAGACAUGCC